GAACAGUACGCUUACAUGCUCGAGUUGAAGCGUACGUUCGAUGCAAAGGGACACUGCUUGCUGGAGAUGCCUUCGGGGACGGGCAAAACGACCACCCUGCUGUCGCUAAUUGUGGCCUACAUCAUGGAGAACCCGCACAUCGUACGUAAGCUGAUCUACUGCUCGCGUACCGUGCCCGAGAUCGAGAAGGUUAUUGCCGAGUUGAAGCAUCUGAUGAACUACUACGAAAAGCAGACCGGCGAAAUGCCAAACAUCACCGGGCUGGUGCUGAGUUCGCGCAAGAACAUGUGCAUCCACCCGGAAGUGAGCCGCGAGCGGGAGGGCAAGAUUGUCGAUGCACGUUGCUACGGCAUGACGGCCAGCUACGUGCGGGAUCGCGCGGCCCACGACGCAACGGCACCGGUCUGCCAGUACUUUGAAGGGUUCCAGGCGGAAGGCAAAGAGAGUCUGCUGCCGCCGGGAGUUUACUCGAUCGACGAUCUGAAGGAGUUUGGCCGGGAACGAAACUGGUGUCCGUACUUUUUGUCCCGAUUUGCCAUCAAUCAGGCCCACGUUGUCGUGUACAGCUAUUACUAUCUGCUCGACCCGAAGGUGGCCGAAGUGGUGUCCAAGGAGCUGACGCGCGAAUCGGUCGUCGUGUGCGAUGAGGCACAUAACAUCGACAAUGUCUGCGUGGAUUCGAUGAGCGUUAAAAUCAACAAACGAUUAAUCGAGCGGAGCACCACCGGUAUCCACCAGCUGGAGCGCCAGAUUUCGGAGUUGAAAGAGGAUGAUAAGCGGCGACUAAACGAAGAGUACUUCCGAUUGGUGCAGGGCCUCAAGGAUGCUUCAUUCUCGCGCGAAACCGACAUGGUACUGGCAAACCCGGUGCUACCGAACGAAAUUCUGCGUGAAGUGGUGCCGGGCAACAUCCGCAAUGCGGACCAUUUCCUUAGCUUCCUAAAGCGUUUCAUCGAGUACAUCAAGUCACGGUUGCGUGUGCAGCACGUGGUGCAGGAGAGUCCGGCCGGCUUCUUGCGUGACGUACAGCGUCAGGUGUGCAUCGAACGCAAACCGCUGCGCUUCUGUGCCGAUCGGUUGCAGUCGCUGCUCCGAACACUCGAGAUUACCGAUCUGAGCGAGUAUGGGCCACUGUCGGUGAUUACAUCGUUCGCGACACUUGUGUCAACAUACACCAAGGGCUUCACGAUUAUUAUUGAACCCUUCGACGAUAAAACACCGACCGUGCCGAAUCCGAUUCUGCACUUUAGCUGCCUGGAUUCGUCGAUCGCGAUGAAACCAAUCUUUCAGCGCUUCCAGAGUGUGGUCAUCACGUCCGGCACGCUGUCGCCGAUGGAUAUGUAUCCGAAGAUACUGGACUUUGAGCCGGUUGUGAUGAGCUCGUUCACGAUGACACUGGCCCGGCCCUGUCUGCUACCGAUGAUUGUAGCCCGUGGCAACGAUCAGGUUGCCAUUUCAUCGCGUUUCGAAACGCGUGAAGAUACGGCCGUGACACGCAACUACGGUCAGCUGUUGGUGGAAACUGCCAAAACGGUUCCGGACGGUAUCGUUUGCUUCUUCACUUCGUACCUCUAUCUUGAGUCGGUCGUCGCGUCCUGGUACGAUCAGGGCAUUAUCGAUACGCUGCUGCGCUACAAACUGCUGUUCAUCGAGACGCAAGACAACGCCGAAACAUCGUACGCCCUGAUGAACUACGUGAAGGCGUGCGAGUGUGGUCGCGGAGCGGUGCUCCUUGCGGUCGCUCGAGGGAAAGUGUCCGAAGGUGUCGAUUUCGACCACCAUCUUGGACGGGCCGUGCUGAUGUUUGGCAUUCCGUACGUGUACACUCAGUCACGCAUCCUUAAGGCGCGCCUCAAUUAUCUGCGCGAUCAGUUCCAGAUCCGCGAGAACGAUUUUCUCACCUUCGACGCACUGCGCCACGCAGCACAGUGUGUCGGUCGUGCCAUUCGUGGCAAAACCGACUACGGUAUUAUGAUUUUCGCCGAUAAGCGUUUUUCGCGGCAGGAUAAGCGUGGCAAGCUACCCAAAUGGAUACAGGAACAUCUCACCGACAAUCUUAGCAAUCUGAGCACGGAGGAAUCGAUGCAGCUUGCCAAACGAUGGUUACGGCAAAUGGCGCAACCAUUCACUCGCGAGGAUCAGCUGGGUGUUUCGUUGCUCACCCUGGAGCAGCUACAAAGCAUGGAGCGCGAGAAGCUGGAGAAGCAGGCCCAAGGCAAAAAGUAG